AUUCAAGUCAAACAUUCAAGCCCCUAAGUUUUCGUCCUUUUCUGGUUCACAAACAUGGACAAAUUUAUACAAAAAACAAAUAAGACUGACGAUAAAAGUGAUGAUGACAAUACUCCACCCAAGAAAAAAAUUUGUAGACAAAAAAAAGACAGUAAACCAUAUACAUACAAAUUUAAUGAAGCUUGGUUAAAAAUGCCAAUGUUUAUUGGAUGGCUUGAGAAGGUAUCUCAAAGUGAUCAUCCGCAAACAAGUAAGGCUCAAGAUAAUAAAAACGAAUCGUCUUUCUGCAAGGUAUGUAACAUUAAGUUACUUUCACAUAAAUCAGUAUUAACAAAUCAUGCCAAUAGUACCAAACAUAAGGGAAAUAUGAAAAAAGUAGCAGAAAAUGUUAAAAUUACUUCUGUGUUUAGACCUUCAACUUUGGUGGAAAAUACGAGAAUUGCUGAGUUAAAGCUUUGUGGCUUAGUUGCUACAAACAACCUCCCAUUUUCGUUUGUAGAUACUUUAGUACCAUUAUUAAAAAACAUAGCCCCUGAUUCUGAAAUAAUCAAAUCUAUAACUUUAAAAAGAACUAAAUGCUCAGCUGUUGUUACUGAGAGUUUGGGAAAAUGUUUUAGUGAAAGACUGAGUUCUCAAUUAAGAGAACCUGGGUGCUUUUUUUCUUUAAUAAUGGACGAAACAACAGAUAUUGCUACAAAAAAACAAUGCGCAUUUGCAGUGAUCUACUAUGACUCUAAUAAUUCAAACAUUGUAACAAGUUUUUUCGAUAUUGUUGAGGCCGAAGGAAGUAAAGCCAAUGAGUUAUUUGAUACAUUAAAAAAAAGAUUGGUGGAUAAAAAUAUUCCUAUUUCUAAUUUAGUAGCAUUUUCCUCCGAUACUACCAAUGUAAUGGCUGGUCAGUAUCACUCAGUUUUUGCCUUAUUAAAAAACGAAAUUCCAAACAUAUUAUGCGUUAAAUGUUCAUGUCACAUGGCACACUUGGCAAUUUCACAUGCUUGCUUGAAGUUACCUAGAUCCAUAGAAGAUCUUGUAAGAAAUAUAGGAAGUCACUUUAGUAGAAGUGCCAUGAGAAAUGAACGUCUACAAGAAUUUCAGUCUUUUUUUAAAACUGAUAUACACAAAAUUUUAAAACCUGCUAUAACUCGUUGGCUUUCACUUAAGCAAUGUGUUGACAGAAUUCUAGAGCAAUUUCAGCCUUUAAAAGCUUAUUUCACUGAGUUAGUAUUUGAAGAUCCGUCACUAACAACAGAUGAAAUGAUAUCUACUAUGAAUAAUCAAUUUACACAAAUUUAUCUAGAGUUCAUGUCUUAUGUGCUUGAAAUAAUGACAGAGUUUAAUACUCUCUUUCAGACAAACAAACCACUUUUACAUAAAUUAAAACCCGAAACAACUAAACUCCUCACAACAAUAUGCUCCAAUUUCAUAGACAUCAAUAUUAUCAGAUAAAAUGAUAUAUUAUUAUUCCAAUUAAACCACAAAAAUCCCCAAAACUUUGUUAAAUUAGAAGAAAUUUAUCUUGGCCUCGCCGCCCAUGACAGUUUUGAGUCAUUACGUAAAGUUCCUGAAAUUGGACAAGCUUGUAAUCAGUUCUUAAAAACAAUAUUAGAAUUUUAUAUUGAACUAGUUAGUAAUAUAAAAACUAAAUUUGUGUUUGAUGAUCCAAUUUAUGAAUUAUUAUCCUUUAUCGAACCAAGACAAGCACAAUCCUUUGUAAAUAAAUCUCUUAAACCUAUAGUUGACCGUUUUCCAAUACUAACUGGACAUAUUCAAAUGCAAGAAUUGGAUAAUGAAUGGCGGCAACAUGCCCUUUUAGACUACGACAAAUUAAAAUUAAAUAUAGAAGCUAUCUCAGAUACAGAAGAAUAUUGGAAAAACGUUUUUAAAUUAAAAAAUGCUGCUGGGAUGGAAUUAUUUCCCAAUUUAAAAAAAGUUGUUUGUUUGUUGCUCAUAUUGCCAUUUUCAAAUGCAUGUGUAGAAAGAAUUUUUAGUGAUGUUUUCAAUAUUAAAACGGAUAAACGAAAUUUAUUACAUACCUCUACUUUAAAAGCAUUAUUAGCUUCAAAACAAGGUAUUGCACAAAGUGGUGGUUGUGUUAAAUUUCAACCAGAAAACAACAUGAUUAAUUCUAAAAUAUGGGACAAAAAAAAUGAAUAAACUGUAGGAACUAGGAAUUUUUAAUAUAGUUGGUUGGCUAAACUCAGACACAACUGGCUAGUGAUUUUAGUAAGUAAUUUUGCCAAUUUGGUAAUUAAAUAGUUGGUAAUUUUGCCAAUUUUGGCAAAAAAUAAUAAACUUACCUACUAAUAUCACUAUCCAGUUCUGUCCGAGUUUAGUGAACCGACUAUAUCCCUUUUUUAUAUAUUACUAAUUUUUACAGUUUUUUAACUUUUUAUUUCAUUCAUCUGCACCAGUGCUACUUGGUUCCUACAAAUUUAUGUAUUAUGUAUAAUUAUUUAUUUCAUAAGUAUUAUGAGUUAAUUGUUUAAUUUGUUGUUUUUACGUUUUUUUUGUAUUAGGUUUAGGUAUGUAGUUGUUUUUUCUUUAAAUAAAUAUAAUUCUAUC